AUGGCAGGGGUCAGCUGGUCUGCUGUGUGCUGGGGCAGAAGUGGAAGUAGCAUGCUGCUGCUCUUCUGGAUGUUUUUAACAGUCCCUCCAUCCCUCCUGCAGCCUCCUCUCCCUCUCUCUCUGCCAGUCCGCAUGUCGGCCGUCCCUCCUCCCUGGCAGUUCCUGCCUCUGUCCCAGGCGGAGCUCGGCCCUCUUUUCUCCAACUCCAGCCCCUUCUCCUUCUCCCAGAGCCUCUUCAUGGUGCCCACACCCAGCUGGGGCCCCAGACCUGGCCUCCAGGCCUCAUUCGGCCCUUACUCAGUUACACAGCUCAUAUCAGAGGAUGUCCUCCCUCUCUCUCCCCCUCUGUCUGCCUCCCUCCUCUCAGAGCAUGUGGAGAGAGAGAGGGAUGCAGGAGGGCAGGAGAGGUUCAGGGUGAGGACGCUGUUCCACAAGCGGGGCGGCACCAGCAGCCGAAGGACCUGCAUCACUCUGCACGCCUUCAAGGAGACACAGGAGCACAAGGCUUCCUGUAUCACACAGCCUCCUCUUGGGCUGUGUGUGGUAACUCUGACGCUGCCCAGUGACUGGUUCGAGGAUCAACACAUCAACCAGUCACACCAGGAUCCGGACAAGUGGCACAGUAACAUCCACCCUCAUAACCGUGUUCAGAAGCGGGAACGGCAGCGGGGCGGACUUCAUCACAGCAAUCGUCAGCGUUUACCUUCACUGAGAUACCAUCCAGGAGUUGAUGGGGACAUAUCCCAGGCAGAUGUUCCACAGGCCCUCAGGUACCCAAGGGGCCCCAUGAGACACCAAAUACAGCUUUACUACUCCUCCUUUGACACAGUGACCAACACAGAGCUGACACCACCAGAGUGUGUGGAGGACAGAGCAGCUCAGUCCCAGAGGCAGCUCUUCUACAUCAAAGCAGUGGCACUGAGGGAUGAGAAGGAGAAGGAAAGAGGGAAGAGCAGGACCAAAGAAGAAGAGGUCUGUUUGAACGGGCAGGAGGAGGAGGAGCUUCACUUGGACUCCCAUGUUGUGAUUCGCUACCACAGGGGUCCAGUCCUGAUAGGACAGCCAGUCAGGGUGUCUGUGAACCUGAGAGGCAAUUUCAGUGCUGAGUUUGUUGUUAUAAGGCUGAAGGUGAAGAGGGGCUUGGUGUCGAUGGUGGCCCAGAGAACUCUGACCUCUGACCUGUGGGCAGUGUCCCUGGAGAGAAGUCAAGGCUCCAAACACGACGUGGUGUCUAUUGUCUGCCACAAACAGAGCACGGUCAAGAACACACACGAUCCCACUCUCCUCCAGCAGGUGGUAUGUUUGUCAGUCGACGGCCUGAGGCGGAGCUUCGGUGUUGCCAUGACAGUGCCGGCUAACUGGUGGGUGGAGUACUCCGAGAGUAGUAACACCCCGUCGCCACAAGGGGCAGGAGUGAGCAUCUUCUCAUUCGCUGAUCGACACAUCUCUGGCAUCGCUCCCAUCACAGAGAGUAACAUGAUCAUCAACACAGCCAUACUGACCAACCAGCCGGUGUCACUUCCUGUCAUCGUGCUGGCCAUAAGCCGUGAUGGGAAGGUGUCAGAUGUCACCUCUGCAGUCACGUGUCACUCUACCAACGAGAACACUGUCAAGGUGUCCAGUGAUUGCUCCACCCUCUAUGUGGACGGCAGCGAAUCAGGGUUGGGUAACACCUGCGCGGUGGUAGAGUUUCUACUGGGCACUCUCAGUGGCUCUGUGUGUCUGGAGGUGUGGGUUCCGUCGGUUCCCCUGCGAGUGUCCCUGUCAGACCCUGUCCUCAACGCCAUCAGUGGCUGGAACCACUUCACAGAGAAUGGGUGUGUGCCGGUGUAUCAGCGCUCCUCUGUUCAGGUUCUGACUAAGUUCACAGCUCAGGACUCCCGCAGCAGAACCAUACACCUCUUAGGCUCAUCUGAUUGGUUCAUGGAUGUGACAGAGCUGGUCCGUGACUGGCUAAGAGUAGAGGACCCUCGAGUGGCUUCCCUUGACACCCAGAAGAACCUGAUUGGUUUACGGCCAGGAAAGACAUCACUCCAUGUGGUCUCUGAGCAGUGGGAUGGUGUGCUGGGUAGAUGUGACAUCACUGUGACCUCCGACCCCGUUACCCCUGCAGACCUGUCUGUACAGGUGGUCAGCGGCCUCGGAAUGUCAGUUACUGGCAGCCCCGUCCACUCCUCCAUCAUCACCUCAACAGUGACAGCCUACAACAUCCUGUACAACCACCACCAGGAGGCAUCCAUCAGUGUCUGGCUUCAGUUCAGCGAUGACACGGCGUCCCUCCUCUCUUCCUUCAGCGACCUUCCCUUUUUCCUGCGUCUCUCUUCAUUGGCUGAGACUGUGGUAGUGGUGACACCUGGACCCAGCCAACGCAUCUUUGCCCAGGGCGACGGGGGCGGGCCUCUACUGCAAGCAGAACUUCUUGUUUCAACCUGCACUGAUCAGCCAAUCACCUCCAACUUUAUCAGUGAGGGCAACACAGAUUGGACGGACACUGGAGGAGGGGGUGGAACCAGGAGGCUGGCAAGGGGAUCUGGUUGGAUAAGAGUUAACCUGGACCUGGGCUUUCUGCAUCCAGAAGGGAACAAAGGUGAGGAGGGUGAGGACUUUGGGUUUGACAUUUCAGACACACUUGUUGACUCAGACAGCGACGUCUAUACAUCGAACUUUGAUGAGGACGACAGUGGGAACAUGAGCAGUGACUACUACGCCAAAAUGAGCAGGAGGAUGACUAAUAGAAAGUGGAACGAGGUGGGAAAUGGAGGGAUGGUCAGUCGGAACAACCUGGAAAGAGCUGUUCUGAUGCCUAGCCAGGAGGAGGGCUCUGUGUACUUCUCACCGAGUCAGGAGAAGGAAGGACAGAGGGAGGAAGACGAGGAUGAGGCCAGGCAGGGAGCUCGAGAGCUGGAGGUUGGUGUGGGUGCUGUCCUCUCUUUGCUCUGUCUCUCCGCUGUCCUCUUCCUGGCAAACUGUCUGCCCUGUGCUCUGCGAGACAGGAGGAGGGCAAUGGCAGAGGAGGAGGGCGAAGGAGAAUUAGAGGGAGGCACAAAGGAAGAAGAAGAGGGGAGGAAGGAGAAGGAGGUGGAAGACAAGCAGGCAGGGGAGAGGAGGAAGACAGAAGGUGGAGACAAGACAAAGCAGCAGGAGGAGAACAAUGUAGAGGAUGUUAAAGAAGUAGAGAUCAUUUGCUGAUACAUUCACAGGCCAAGCUAAACUUCAGCUCAGAUCUGUCCUCAAUUCUGAGACGACAACCUGUGCUCACUGCUGUUCACUAUAGGGAGCUGAAGUGUUUGAACUACUCCUUUAAACUCUGCAGUUGCCUCUUUAUUGACCUUGUUUGAAGAGCAUGUGAGUCAUACAAGAAAGACUUUCCUGUCUCUAUGUUUUAGCUUCAGCAGACUCACAGCUCAGACCUCAGCAUAGCCAAUAGAGAGAUGUUCUAAUAGUAUAACAGCGUGAUCUUACCCUGUUUUGUACAAUAUUGCAU